AUGUCCGGGUCGAAACUGGAUCGAAAAUUUCCGAAAAAGAGAACAGUAGACACGCACCCACCAGAUGUUGUGAGUGAAGGACUAGGCAAGGACCUCAGCCAUAUCAACGAGGAAACGUGGAUUGUCGGCGCCGAAGAUGUGCAGUGUGCUGCUGGCAACUAUGCGUCAAUGGACAUGGGUCUAGGUUCUGAUCCAGAGCCAGAUAUGGAAGUGAGCAAUGGUGCAUUAAAUGCAGGAACAAUUCAAAGCUCAACAGGCUCUCGUGGCACUGUAAGACACAAUGGUGACAAAUGGUGGACGCGCAUGAUCAAGCGAUAUGGGAGUUUGGAGUUGGAAAAUAAGGGUAGUGUUGCGCGGGAUCACUUAGCAUUAGGUCUGUCGCUCCUCCCUCCCAUCACAUCGAUGACUUGCUUAUUUCUGACCACCCCCGUCCAGAACGCACCUUUCUCGCCUGGCUCCGUACUUCUCUUGCUUUUUCAUCCCUCGGCAUCGCUAUAA